UGACAUGAAAGUGAGGCUCAAUCAAUAACCAUCAACCAACAUGGCGUCGUGUUGUUUAGCUGUUUGGCAUUGUCUUCACCAAACCGUACUGUAUUGUACACCAGAGAAAGGCCUGUAGUCGCUCAGACGUAAUGAUGGCUGACGAGGACGAAUCGAGAAAAGGGCAAAAUUUAGAAAUGAUUGUGUCCAAGUUGGCGAAAGAAAAACCGGCGAAUGGUAAUAUAAUACUGAUAUCAGGAGUGAAUAUUCAAAAUUUGUCUUUUCCUGAUGAUGCAGAAGUGGAGAGUGAUGAGUGUGACCCAGAUCUGCAUCAAUGUGGCAAAUGUAAACAAAUGUUUAGUAAUCUUGAGAAAUAUCUUCGACAUCGUGCCAGCAAAUCUUGCAGAAAGAAACAAGCUGACUUGCAUGAUGUUACCAGUGAUGAUGGUGGAAGUCCCAGUCAGAUGCCUGAAGUUGUGCAGAUGGAAGCAUCAGGCAGCGGUAACACGCAGGGAGGUGAAAGUCCAGAACAACAGGAUGUCGCUAACAAAAGGAAACAUGAUAGAAAGGGCGUGGCGCGUAAGAGAACAAACCUGUCAGCCGAACCAAUGACAAGCAACAUCACUAGUACUGAGCAUCACCGCAUCAGUAUGGAUGGUCUACCGGAAAUCAUUCGACCUGGUUUCACGAGUACUCCAACAUUCACAACGAUUGGAGGAUAUAGAACUACCUAUGAACAUGCAUCUGUGCCCAACAAUGAUCUGUAUGCUUUGAUGCAGUUGACAAAAAAUUCUGGAAUAAAGGAAGUUCACGUUGACGAGAACGGCGUCACCACAAGUCGACCUCGGGAGUUGUUGAAUGGCGGAGUUCACUCUAUUUACCAUCGUUCCCCGCUCAAUUCCCCUCCAAAUCAUCGUUUUCCAGCUCCUCUUGCGAUGCAUAAUCAUAUCUCAGCAUUGCCCCGUAACCAGGAGAAUAUACACCAUGCAGAGAAUGUUCUCCACCAGGAGAAUGUACUCCACGGAGAGUCUGUUCUCGUGUCUUUCCCGGGGGUUGAAAAUCCGGAUGCAACCCAGAAAGGCGCGAAACGACGCUACAAAUGCGAUAAGUGUGACCGCGACUUUAACCAAAGAGCGAACCUCAGGCGGCAUCAGUUAGUGCACAGCGGUGAAAAGCCUUUCGAGUGUGAGCAGUGUCAUAGGCGCUUCCAGCAACAGGGAGACCUGAAACGACACAUGUUACGUCAUGCCGAGACCACGUGGUAUCACUGCCAACCUUGCGAGAAGAGAUUCAUGCGGAUUGAUCGUUGGAAAGCUCAUAUGAAAACCCACGAGGAAAAUGGCACACUUCCCCCGGAAAUCGGCGAGGCCUCCAUGGUCGAUGUGAGUAACGGUCCCUCGCUAGAGACGGGGGAGAAUGAAGCCACCGAGAAACCGAUGGGAUCUCACCAUAUUUGUUCUAAGUGCAACCAAACAUUUAUGGAACCUGAUGAGCUGCUCGUUCACACAUGCGCUGAUGGGAAUAUUCAUGUCACUGCUGUUCCUGUGGAAGCCAGCACGCAAGAUGGCGCAGAUUUGGAGCCUGAAGCGGCAGUUAAGAUGGCGGAGCGUUAUGUCAGAACACAGGCUGCAGAUUCCGAUCACUCGCGUGCGUAUAGUUCGUCCAGAUCCACCAGAGGAAAACUAACAAACCCACACAAAUGCCCGCUAUGCAACGCCCAUUACAAGAACGAGGACUCGCUAAAAACUCAUAUCUUAAAACAUUCCGGCGAGAAGAAAUACAAAUGCGACCAAUGUCCGAAAGCAUUCUUUACAUCCAGUAACUUGAAGAUCCACAGACGCAUACAUUCUGGAGACAAACCUCUAAAAUGCAAAGUCUGCUUUAAGGCAUUCAGCGAUCCAUCGAAUUUCAACAAGCACAAGAAAUCGCAUAUCAAAGGUAAGCUGGAUCCUCGCGGUGCACCCAAAAAAGGAAGAAAACGCGAGACAAAAGAGGAACACCCGGGAUUUAACGAGACAUUGGUUGAAGCUGUGGGUAAAGAAGGUGAAGUGAUGCAGUUUGGUUCCCCGUCAAGAGAAUUUUUGCAAAGCCAGUAUGAAGCACUGUUACCAGCGUUGGAAGACGGUCGACACGAAACAAAGGUGGUGGAUGGUGUUGAUAUGCAGCCAAGUGAAGGUAUGGAGGGUUCGUUUGGUGAUGAUAAUAUCAAGUAUUCAGUACCGUUCAUUGAAUCACCAUCGUAUUAGAUAUGGUUUUUUAGCUUGCUUUUCAUUCUCUUUAAAAUGUUUGUAAACCUGAAUAGCGAUCAAAUUUAUUGUUUGUAUUACGUGUGUGUUUUCACAAAUAAUACAAAUAAUGCUUUAUGUCAGUAACGAUCUAUUCUUUGAGGGAAACCAAGGCAUGCAAACGUUCGUUAUGGUUUUAGGAGAAUAAAAUAGGUGUAGGAAAGGCAAGAGAGGGUUUUAGUAGGGUGUAAGAGGGGUACAAUAAGGAUAUGAAUGUUGAUUGUUCAGUAUUCUGUCAACAACUGGCAGAUUGAAAAGUAAGCUGAAUACGCAAAAUGUGAUGGUUCUAAAGGCGGUAUUAAGUUAUUCGAUGAUGUAUGUGUGAAGGAUGAAAGCUAAUGUACUAAUUUAGUAAUUGGCUUGAUUCAUCGCUAGAACAUUAAGGAAGGUUAUCGAGAGUGAAGAAUCGAAAUCUGACUUUCCUCAACUUUUGUUUGGCGGAGAUGUGAGUUUAGGAUAAAGCAGGGGGGGGGGCGGAAAAUAGACAGGCACGUGGCCUCGAAGGAGAUUUAUUAUUAUAAUAUGCGGGAGAGUUCAGUGAAACAAAAUGUUUCAUACCAUUCCAUGGAUCCAGAUCUUCAGUCUGAUGCUUUGCAGAUAAUUUAUUAUCUCCAAGCUUUAUCUUGGCAAAACAUUACUUCCACCCCAAAAUAAAAGUUCGGUAACACGGAUGGCCAUGUUGCAGGGACAAAUCCUUUGACGGGGACACAGGGUCACACGCUUGUUCCCAAAUACAACGUGUGCGUGCAACAGGGGCCUUCAUGUUACCAAACUUUGAGGAUCGAGAUGUUUGAUGAGGGUCAGAUUCAGAAUCGGGGGUAGUUCUUGGGUUAUUAUUGGAAUAUAAAUGUAGUGGGACAUAUGUUUUAAUAUAUCGAAGGAGCCCCUAAAUUUAAUAGUUAUUUAAAUUAUUCAUAUUAAAAAUACUAAUGUUUUAGCCUGGCCAUGGGAAAUAUUAUAGCGAUUGUAAGGUGGGUUAUGUUUGAAAUGUAGUAAUAGGUAAGUUUGGUGAAUUAACUCUCAUUUCUAGCCGUCCUUUUCCCUAAUUGUUCGCUUUAUCCAUAGAUAUCUAUGGUUAUAUCUCAUUCACACCGCAAGCCAAAAAUAUAGGGUGGGAAAUUAGGCUAAAGUAAUAUACAUCAGUGACAGGUAUCCAAAUGUAAGCGGUAGUAGAGCCUGUGCAUACUCGGUGGUUUACUGGGAGAGAAAAUCACGCCCGGAACUCGUUUACAUUGGAUUCACCUGUAAGAUCUUGAGGUACCUUAACGCCUUCAGCGAAGGUCCUCAAUUGUGGUACUUGUCAUGAGAAGUAAGUUUACAGGACAACGGCAAACGGCUCAGUCCAUUUUCUUCCUCCGAGUAUACUUCCAAUCUUAAAGCAACCAUAUGUGUUGUUUUAGAUUUUCUGAAAGCCAAGAUUUUCUGAAGUUUGUAAUAAUAACUAACAGAAAACCUUCUUGUUGCAAAGCUGGAAUUAUCUUUUUAAUUGACAUUGUUGAUCAAUAUCUGUAGUUUGUUUACGAGCAUUUUGCAUUAGUUGAAAAAAUCACUACAAGGUGGAUAGUCUGCUUUGUAAGACACAACGCAGUCAACGUCCACCACCAUGCAAAUAUCAAAGACAAAAGGCUAGAAAUGAGAGAGUAUUCUUGGGAUGUAUUAUACGGUACUGUAGCUAGUUCCAUAUUUGUAGUAUAUUAUAUAUAAAUAUAUUUAGAUGUUAAUGUAUGCAUCAGUAUAAUAAUUAUAGUAUUAUUAUUAUUAUGAUCAAGUAAAGGUGCGAAACACCUAACUUUUAUUUAUUAAGAAAUUAAAGUAUUCCUUAUUUGAAAAGUUUAAACUAUCGUAAAGUAAUUAGAUGUAUUAAGUGAAUAAAAUAUUGCUAA